GCAGACAGUUCCACUAAAGCUCUGUCAAAAUGAAGCGGAAGCAAGUAGAGGAGGACCCCGCAAAUGGACACGACCAAGAGCCAUCAGCAAAGAAGUCUCCAGCAGGAGCCAGAGCAGCUGAGCAGACAGUAGAUGAUGAUCAACCCCCGCAAAAUGGUUCCACGCCAAUAAAGAGAAGAUAUUUAUGGCGGGAGAGCGUACCGGUUGAAGAAGAGCGCGAUUCAGCCCCUUCUGGAGAUGAAUCCAUGGAUGGAGUCGAGCAAAGGAAACCGAACGGCGAAUUGGAGAACAGCAUUGGGGAUGAUGCAGAACCAGAAGAUAUAACUCCUAGGAAAGGAAGACGAGGUCGCCCGAAGCAAGACGGGGCCGAGAAUUACACCAAUGGAACCACACCGAAGAAAGACAGUCUGCUCAAGACACUCUUCUCUACCCCAACCAAAGUCAAUAGUGCCAGCGAAUUAGAUACACCAAGGAUUGAGAGGAACGCAGACCGGUCUGCAAGAAAAAAGAGCACCAGGACUCUUAUUGAACGUACAAUACUUGGGAAUACGAGCGACAAUGAUGAGGAAGAGGAAGAUAUUGCAGAAGAAAUAUAUAAUUCUGAGGAAGAGGGCAACAUCGACGAAGAUGGACCAGGGUUAAUUGGAGGGCUUGCUGAAGACGACAAUGCUCCAGCGACGCCCUCAAAACGAGGGAGGAAGAAGGGUACGAAAAAUCGACGAAAAUCCCCAACACCACCUGCGGAUCUCACGCCCCACGAGAAGUACUUCUAUCAAAACCGCGGAGGGCGUGUGAAAACCUCCAACAACACACUCUCCUCUCUAGCGCUGCUUAACCAUGAAGAGUACUUCAGCCGUGCUCGCGAUCUAGUAGAUUCACAUGCAAGAGAUAUAGAAUAUUUGGAAGGCCUACACGCCGAAUCAUUCAACCAAUGGCAUUUUGAGCUGAGCCAAGAUUUCAACAUUUGCCUCUAUGGUUGGGGAUCCAAAAAGUCCCUACUUAUGAAGUUUGCAGAUCAUAUCUACAAGGCUCAGAGUGAUCAUACGAAGGCAAAGAUAGUGGUGGUCAAUGGUUAUGUCCAUAACCUUACUCUAAAGGAUAUUUUCAACACCAUUGCAGCUUCUAUCACUGAGCGUGGCUACAAGCUGGGAUCUCAACAAGCUGACAUGCUUGAUAAUCUCUUAGCUUUGCUGGAGGAAGACAAAGCCCAAGACAUCACUCUCAUCAUCCAUUCAAUCGACCGAAUUCCCCUUCGGCGUCCUGUCACACAGACCCUCCUCUCCCGUCUAGCUUCUCAUCCACAGGUGCAUCUCAUAGCAUCAGCUGAUCAUCCUUCAUUCCCACUGCUCUGGGACAGCUCUCUUCGAUCAACAUACAAUUUCAUAUUUCAUGACUGUACGACUUUCCAGCCCUACACCGCAGAGGUGGAUGUUGUCGACGAAGUUCAUGAGCUGCUUGGAAGGAGUGGUAGAAGAGUCGGUGGCAAAGAAGGAGUCAGCUUUGUGUUGAAGAGUUUGCCCGAGAACGCCAAGAAUCUGUUCCGGGUAUUGAUAGGAGAGCAGCUAGCGGCUAUGGAUGAGGGUGCAGGGACCCUUGAGGGGGGUGAUGACGAUAAUGGUAAUGACGAACGACGUCUGGUGGGACACAAGAAGAAUGAGACUGGCGUUGAAUACCGAGUUUUGUAUAACAAGGCUGUGGAGGAAUUCAUUUGCAGCAAUGAGAUGAACUUUAGGACAUUGCUGAAGGAAUUCCACGACCAUCAGAUGAUCGUUAGCCGAAAGGACGUUCUGGGGACCGAGAUGCUUUCAGUGCCUUUCCGAAAAGAAGAAUUGGAGACGAUCUUGGAAGAUAUUGUAUCAUAGAGUUUCUUCGACUCCGGGUUGUACAAUUCGGCAUUUCAGGGGCAUAGCAUGGUGUCACAGGUGCAUACCAUUGGGAGCAUAUGCAUUAUAAGGAGCAAUGAAGACACGACCGGGUCAAAUGCCUCUAUUUCAAAAGCUCCCAGCAUGCUUUCUAUGUCACCUGUUGGUUUUGGCCUCUUCUCACUUUCCAUUUUGUGCCACAUACAUCGCAGCUGAAGGGUUCUACCUAUUUGUCAUGCACUUCUAUUGAAGAAUAGAUGGAUGAGGUGUUUAUAUUACACAUCGCACCUUUUGAC